AUGGAAUUUUCCGAAGAUUUACUUCAAUAUGUUUUCUCAUGGUUACCAGCAAAACCUAUUUAUAGAUUCAAAACUGUCUGCAAAUCUUCUUCCGAAUUCUCAACAAACAAGUUAUUUGCGUGGACCCAAGCUCGUAACUUGCACGUCAAGGAUGACUCAGGGUGUGCCCCAAAAUCUCUUCAGUUUCUCGAAAACACCGGAUCAAAGGUCUUGGCAUCAAGUAAUGGCUUGAUACUUUGUCAAAACACCAAAACCCCAGAUGAUCAUAACUUAUUUCUUUGCAAUCCCACAACACAAACUUGGCUAACCAUUCCAACCCCACAAGGUUUAGGAGGAGUAAAUUGGCCCAAAGGAGUUGUGCUUGAGUGCAACAUUAACAAUCCAAUUUCAGACCCUGAUCAUCAAGACUAUAUGCUACUAAUCAUUCAGCCACCAAGAGAUUGA